UCGGACACGCAGCACACACAGAAAAGUCGACGGAUUUCGUAUAUUUUUUAGCUAGCGGCAGCGACUGCGCCCCAAACAUUGCGCAUACGACGUGUGGGCACGAAAUAAAUAGUUCACAUUUGUUUUGCUGCCGUUUUUUGUUUGUUUGGCCCUGUUGGCUAACGAUUGUUGUUGCUGCUGCCGGAUUUUGUUUGUUUUUUGUUCCCAGUGAUUUUUUUUCCUGUAAAGCAAGUGCAAGUGUGUUUUGCAAUGUGUGGAGCUGCUUGGUGUUUUUAAAACGAGAGUCCUGUGACUCCCCUUAUUUAUCAGAAGGAUUGCGAAUUUUCUCGUUUGACAUGUAGCUGGGAUUCUGAUUCUGAUUCUGGGCGUGUGUUCGUGUCGGUGGUUCUGUGGCUGUUGUGCUGUGCGGGAAAACGGGAAAAAGGAAAACGGGGGCAAGGAUCCGGAAUCGGUAUCGUAAUGCAAAGACGGCGAUAUGGCACUACAAGGCUGGCGCUUUUUCGGUGUCUCGGCAACCAUCAUCAUCUACAUAGGCGGCGUCCUGUUCCUGUCCAUGAACAACAUACCCGGCUCGCAUCCCAAAAGACCGCGCAUCGAACGCUUCGCCGAGUUCCCCAGCUUUCAUAGUCCUCGGUUUCCGAUGCCCAGCCGCAAGAUGACGAUACGCUGGUGUCGCGACCUGAAGUACAUAAAUCGAGAUCUUCCAAUCUACGCGGACUACAAGGCCGACUUCUACACGGCCCUGCCCAGCGACAUGAGCGCCGCCCUGCAAUCCCUGCCGGCGCUAACCGCCUUGGCCAGUUUCCCCGGCAGCGGAAACACCUGGCUGCGCUACCUGCUCCAGCAGUCCACCGGCAUCCUGACGGGCAGCAUCUACAAGGACUACGGCCUGCUGAAGACCGGCUUCCCCGCGGAGAACGUCUGCAACAGCUCAGUAUUACUGGUGAAGACCCACGAGUGGGGCAGCAAGGCGUGGGCGCCCUUCGCCAAGGCCAUCCUGCUCGUCCGCGAUCCGGAGAAGGCCAUCAUCGCCGAGUUCAAUCGCCAGAGCGGCGGGCACAUCGGUUUCGCAUCGCCGGAUCGCUACAAGCGCACCAAGGGAAAAUAUUGGCAGCAGUUCGUGAGCAAUAAGCUCAAGGGCUGGGAGGUGAUGAACCUCAGCUGGGCGCGCAACUUCACGGGCAGCAUCAAGGUGGUGUUCUACGACGACCUCGUUCACCACACCGAACGGGAGCUGCGAUCGAUCCUCGAGUUCCUGCAGUUUCCGGUCAACGAGCAGCUGAUGCGGUGCGCCAUCAUGCGGAAGGAGGGCAUCUUCCGGCGGAAGAAGCGGCUGCUGAACUUCGAUCCCUACACGGAGUCCAUGCGGGCGGAGGUCCAGGAGCGUCGGCGCAUCGUCUACGGUUUGCUGGGGCGCCAGGAGCCAUAGGAUAAAGGAUAUAAUAUAUACUAUAGAAGAACUCUGGGCAACGAGAUGGGAAAUCGAAUUCGUACCACCAAGAAUACAAAAAGAAAGAAAGCACAAAUUGCAACCAAGAUGCACAAGGCAACCGGAAUUGCAUUCAUCAAGCGAUUUGUAGGACCACACAUAGAUCUCACCUGGAAAUAGUCCCCCAGAAUUUCGCCACCCCCACCCGAAUCAGAUCCCAAUCGUUUGCUGCUCGCUUGGCGCAUUAGUUCAAAUUUUUUUGUGUUUUGUGUUUAACGUUUAAGCAUUAGGUAUGAUAUAUUUUAUUAUUAUAUAGAGACGCAUAACUUUAGGUUAUUGUACGUACGUAUUUGGUAUAUAGGCUAUACAACAAGGUAUUAUGAUUCCUGAACGAAUUUAUGAAAUUCAUUAUAGGCCAUGUUGUGCUUCAUCGCUCACCCAACUCAACGCAACUCAACUCAACUCAUCCGCAACUUAUCCUUUGGCCACGUUGAGGUCCCAUAUUAGACUAUCCUUGUAAAAAGUUUUAUACACGACUCUACAAUAACUUGUGAAAUAUUAACAAUGGAACGUAUUAGGUAAUUGUACAAAAACGAAAUCGAAAAACCAAAAAAAAAUCGAAUGAGAAACAAUGAAGUGGAUUUAAAAACCGAA